ACCCCGCCUCUUAAAGUGCCCUCGGCCGCCUUGCGGGCCACACGGGUCGCGCGGCGGCAAGUGAGCAGCCGAGGUCCGCUGAGGCCUGCGGCUGUGUUCCUUGUCACUGCUGAAACUGGAAGAUGAAGGGCGGCCGCCGGUGCACACAUAGUCUGUGGCUUGCAGACAGCCAGAGUUCGCGAGGGAGUCAGCGCCCUCUGCGCGCCCAGACCCGGCCAGGGAGGAAGCAAAGUGUGCGUUCCGGACUGGCUCGCCCCUUGACUACACGCAAGCUCCCAUGCCGUUGAUCCACCCCCUGUGGACGCGGCGCACGGGCCGGGCCAGGGAGUGCCGCCUGGGGCUCCGCGCCGAGCUCAGAACCCCGCGCUCCUCUGCAUGCUGCUUUGCAUCUCAUUUACAUACAUUCAGACACCUUCUAUCUUAGUCUUGGUGGGAGUCCCAAAACUCAUCAUUGCUUCGGUAGGGGUGCGUCCCUGGUCCUGGAUUAGGGAGGGUCCCAGACUCUUAAGCGAUUGAGAAGAGCCCCACGAGUUCUCCAGUCCAGCCCUUGGCCUAGGACUUCAAUAUCCAAAAGACAGCAAAAGGGAAAGUUUACCCGCAUCACCCUGCUCCCACAGGGAGCUUGCCAAUGCCAGCCUCUCCUCAGUGAUUCCUCAGGAUCAGAAUUCAAAUCCCAUUGGCAGCCCGGGCAUGCCAGGGGCCAUGGGAUUUGGACUGGCUGUGUUCGGCUUUCCCCCAACUCCAUUUCGGCAUAAAGCCAAGACUUCAAAAUCUUGACAGGGUUUACCACCCCCUGUCCGAUAGUUAUGGGUGGAUGAGAGAAGCUGACCUUCCGCUCUGGGACCAUCUUCCCUUCUACCAUGGAGAAAGCCUUGUUGCCCCUGACCGUAACAUCUGACCCAAGACCCUUCAAUCAACAACUCCCCGAGCCUCCAGACCUGAGAUGUGUCUUGGAACCCCAGGACGGCCUUGAACUGGCGCCUGCUCUUGUGUGCGCGCUGUGCUGCUGCUUUGGGAUCAUCUACUGCUGCUUUGGCUACCGCUGCUUCAAGGCAGUGAUGUUUCUCUCCGGUCUGCUGUCAGGAGCUCUGGUGAUCUUCCUCCUGUGCCACAAGGAGCGAGUGUUGGAGACACAGUUAAGCCUGGAGGUGAGCGCAGGCAUCGCGCUGGGCAUCGGACUCCUCUGCGGCCUGGUCACCAUGCUGGUUCGCAGCGUUGGGCUCUUUCUGACUGGUCUCCUGCUAGGUCUGACCCUAGGUGCUGGAACCUUACUGGGCACAGAGCCCAUCUACCAGCCACGUUCAGCCUGGGUGCCAAUCGGUGGACUGAUGGGGCUGGCGCUGCUGGGAGCCCUGCUCACACUUCGGUGGCCACGUCCAUUCACCGUCCUAGGCACAGCCCUCCUAGGUGCUGCCGUGCUGGUGGCCUGUGCUGACUACUUCUUGGAAGGGCUGGCACUGGGCACUCGGCUGAGCGAACGCCUGCAGGCGCUUCCAGAAUUGCUUCCUCUCUGCUGGUAUAGCUGGGUCUUACUGGGGACCUGGCCAGUCUUGGGGGCUCUUGGGACACUGGCCCAGUGGAAACUCAUGGCUGAGGAACGUGGAAGCCACACCAAUGUGGUCUUGCGCCACCAGAGAAGGCAUCUCCAGCUCCUGCGGAUCCAUCAGCAAGAGGCGAAGUGGCAUCGGAACCCUUCCGGAGUGGGACUGUGUGAAGGCGGCUAUCGACGUCAGUUUUCCCCCAAUAUCCAGAGCCCUGGUGACAGUCUGGCUCCAGUGAGCGGGAGGGUGAGGUACCCUGGGGAGGAUGGGUCAGAGGGCAUACAGUGAUGGCCAGGGUGAGCUUAGGGUCUGACCCAGAGUCCCCGCCCUGUCCUGGACCUGGGUUCUGACUGCGGUCCCACUGUCUCUGUCCAUCUUCUCAUUCCGCCCACACCUGAGCCUAAGCCUCCGGUGGUGCCGCUUCCCGAGUGAGGGCAGGAGAUUGCUAAGUGGAUAGGGCCUGAGCCCACGGGACCCACACAGCGUUCCCUACCUCUUGGACUUGGAGAUAGUCUCUAUCCCCAGACUAACCCUUUUAAAGGCGGGCAGAGAGAAUUCUUGUAAAGAGGAGGGAGAGCAAGAGUACAGCACCUACCUCUGUCAGUGGUCACGGUGCCCUGGUCCCUAGAGACACUGGCUCCAAACCAAGGAGAUUUACCCAAAACAGCUUUAAAAAAAAAAAAAAAUCCUGUAGUUUUGAGUCGGAAUUUAGAGUGUUGUCCAGAGUAGGCAAGUGUUCUACCUCUGAACUGCAACCCAUUCCCAAAUAUCCAUUUAAACGUCCUAGUGUGCCUUACUAUGGUAAAAUACAGGGCUUUAUUGUAGGACCAGUAGAAAACCGAGGAGCCUGAGGCAUUUCACAGGUUUUUUCUGGUAGGGAAAAGGGCACAGAAGUGCUCUAAGACCCCCAGCUCCCAGGCUCCUUAGGGGUCACUGGACUUCAGGUUAGCCUUUCUCAGUGCACCCCACAGUCUCGAGUCCCCUCUACCUCAGGGGAAUGCAGUCCUCUAUGGUGCUUUCUCCUCCCUCUUUAAUGAGGGAAUACCACAGAAUCUGCCUCAGCUCCCCUCUCCAAGAGCUGGCUCCUUGCUCCAAGAAGAGAGCUUUGGCUCACAUGCCUAAUUCUUGCCUUUUUGCUCAGAAAAGCCUGGGCUUCAGGGCUGCGCGGUAGUCAAGUGCCUUCUGCCUCCACUAACCCAUCCUAACGCUCCCUCCUCUGACUCUCUGAGCAAGGUCUGUUUCCUGGUUUCCCAGACAGUAUGAAGGAAGACACAUCCCUCCCCCAGCAGCAAAUCUGUAAUGAGAGGGGGGAAGAACAAGGGAACAUGGGAAUAAAGUGGCUUUGAAAAUUCAA